UCCAGUAAUCAAUGGCACGUUGGAGCUUUUGAAGCUCACGAGCAUGUGACAGUAUCGCGUAUUUUAAUCCACGUACAUUUAUUUUUAUUAUCUUUCAUUUUUUGCAUCUCCAGUCUUCAAUCAUCUAUAAAUCAUCGCUUAAUUAAUCAAUUUUAAUUGAUAAACCGAGUAAUCAUUUAAAUUAUCAUACAUUUAAAAUUUGAAUCUGUUUAAUAAUCGAGAUUUUUGAUUGAAUACUCAAGUGGGUCAAAUAUCGAGUACAAAAAUAAUAUAUUUAUAAAUAUAAUUAAAGGUUUAUGCCCUUGAAGACCUUGAUAAGAAGACUUACUAAUUAAAUUAAAAUAAUAAUGAUAAUGUGUCAAUGUUAACAUGGAUAUGAAUAAAUUUCAUUUGAAAAUUUGAAUUAUUUAAAUUUAAGUAAUGGAUAGUAGUAACGCUGAAGUAUCAACUAUUUUUCAUCCAAGAAGGUCUAGAGCUCCGAGUAUUAUUUUAAAUGAUGAACAAAGUCCACAUGCACCAUAUGCUAGUCCUGGACAUGUUGUUGUUGAUACAGGAGACCCACAGGGAUGCAGUGUCACGGGGGGAUGCGAUUCAGCAUCAAGUUGUAGGUCACUGGAGACAACUGCCAGCGGGCUUGGAAUACGAGAUGUCAGCAGUGGAGGUGGGAGUGCAGGCGGUGGUCAAGGGCACAAUCAACCCAGUCACACUAGCUCAAACGUUAAUUAUCAAACUAGACGACACUCUGUUGUAAGAUGCUUUGACUCUUGUUGUGCUCAAUCUGCUAAAAAGAUUUAUUUUGGAGUUUGUGUAACCGUAUGUGUAACAGCCAGUUGGGUCGGAGCAACCCACUGUAUUAAAUAUUUAUACUUUCAUAAACCAGACAUAAUUACAAAUCAUAUUGAAUCAUCGGAUAAUGUAACUAGUGAACUUUAUCACCAACCCAUCGUUCUUCCCUACAAUGCGCCUUUUUUCACCACGUGGUUCUGCACAAACUGGGCCGUGCUAUAUUUUCCUGUGUACUUUAUCUGCCAGAUAGUGAGGUCCAAGUGCACAAACCCAACAGAAAUAAUUGCCGAGAGCUUACGUGGAUUCCGCGACAAAGGAUUAACAGGCGGGCGUUUUUUAACGCGCUGCAGUUUUUUUUGUGGACUCUGGGUCGCAACUAAUUACAUGUAUAUCCACUCAUUACGUAUUCUUCUUGCUACUGACGUCAUGGCAUUGUUUGCAACUAACGUAUCCUGUGUUUAUCUUUUAUCUUGGGUUAUUUUACAUGAACAAUUUGUCGGAGUCAGGAUCGUCGCUGUGAUACUUUGCGAUACAGGAAUUGCAUUAUUAGCAUACAUGGAUGGUAUUACCGGAAGUCCAACACUUGGGGGUGUUGUUUUAGCGGCUUCUGCUGCUGCUGGUUCUGCAGUUUAUAAGGUUUUAUUUAAAAAAGUUAUUGGGGAAACAACAUUUGGACAAGUAUCGAUAUUUUUUACAUUAAUUGGUUUGUGUAAUGCGGCAUUACUAUGGCCAGUUUGUUUAGCUCUCUAUUUUUCUGGAGUUGAAAGUGUUCAUUGGGCACGAUUACCUUGGGCUGCAUUACUUUCAGCUAGUAUACUUCACUUGGUUGCAAAUAUGCUGGCUAAUUUUAGUAUUGCAUUAACAUAUGAUUUAUUUAUCACUCUGGGAUUAAUAACAGCCGUACCAGUGUCAGCAGCACUGGACGUUGUACUUUACGGCGCGCACUUUGUAGGUAUGAAACUAGCGGGAAUGAUAUUAAUAUCAGUAGGAUUUUUUCUCGUCAUGUUUCCUGACAACUGGCCUGACUACAUAACGCGGCUACUACGGAUCCAUAUUAUAUGCUGUUACAGAAACGUAGUCAACAUGAGUCACAGCGCAAGUACGAAUCCGCAACAACAUGGGGUUGCCGGUGGCAGGGGUGUUGGCGGUGGUGGUGGUGGGAUGACCAAUAAUCGGAGUCGAAGGCAAUCAUUCCAGCAGAGGCAUUUCCGACGCAACUACGGCGUUUCAUCCUCCCAGGGUGAUGGGCAAACUUUGCUUCCCAACUCGGCAACAAAUUCAACUGUCACCAAUUUGAUACAUCGGCAUAACAAUAAUAAUAAUAACAAUAAUAAUAAUAAUAAUAAUAAUAAUACCAGUAACAAUAACAAUAAUAGUAACAAUAACAAUAACAGUAACAAUAAUAAUGUUGUCAUCUCCUCACCCUCUGAUAAUACCCAACAUCACCAUCGCGUUCCUAACUCAAACUCGAUACAGUCAACCACUACUAACAACCAUCGCUCGCACGUCGGCCCACAAAAUCAACAAGAUGGAGUAGGAAACACAGGCACGGGAUUCCCGGCGGCACAGCCCGCGACGUGAUUGAUUAUCGUACGGGUUACAUUAAAUCGCAUCUUAGAUCACCAUCUGGAAGAGUGAGGUGACUGUUUCCAUUCAUUGGACGAGAUCAUUAUCUACGAGAUAAAAUUAUUAGAUAAAGUAUCUCGACCGUACUGUAAAAAAUCUGUCGAGUUUAAACGGAGUUAAUGCUUUUUUAACUCAUUUUAUAGAUAAUUUUUAUCAAUUAACUUCAAAAUCAAGUUGAUUUACUUUAGAAAUACAUAAAAUGCCGAAAUAUAUUAUUAUUUCAAUUGAGUUCCAGUUUGGAGUUAAGGUAAAAGACUUUAAACCUCAUCAGGAUUAUUAGUCGCUUAUUUUAAUUGGUUACAAUUUUUAUAAUUAAAUGUUUUUUACUAUUAUAUUAUUUGAAAUUGUCACAAUUGACAUUAUAAAAGAAUAAAGUAAUUUAUUUUUUAUAAAACCAGCAUUGAAAUUUCAAAUUUCAGUGUCUUUAUAGCCAACCGAAACAAACUUUGGUAUAUUAUACAUCUAGGAAGGAAAGUAGGAUAUUCUAAUCCGCGUGUAGAAUUGCCUACCCGAGCCGAAGGCAAACACGCUGAUUGGGACGUCUUACCAUCCGUGGUAUAUAUACGAUUUUUCACGAGAUUUGCACCAGAAAGUUUUAAUUUUUGCCUCUGUUUAUCAGAAAAGUGGCGCGUGCGCUAAUUUUUAACAUUUGUUUUCUUCUAUCCGGACGGAAAGCGUCAACUUUCGUCUCGCUGUGCAAAACGAAGUUGCCGCUUUCCGCCUCCGUCGAGGAGAAAAAUAGUAUACACUCCUCGGGAAGUAAAUAAGAAAGCCUCAGAUCACAUAUAAUUGUAAAAGGAAAGAAUGACUUUCUUCCCUUUAAACAAAGCGGGAAUUUAAACUUUCGGCGCAAGUAUGGUUAAAAUUUCAUUCCAAUGCCGCGAAUGAAUAUUAGCAAGCGCGUAGAUUGUGAAUGUGUUCAGUCAGUAGGCAGAAACAAAUUUGAUUCGUCCCUUAGGAAGAAAUAAUGGUUCUGCCCGCUGACUGAAGACAUUCGCAAUUUAAACUCUGAUACUUUUUAUUUGUUGAAUUGCAAUUUCAGACCAUUAAUUUUAUUCACGUAAAUGACAGUUCUGACUUUGUGAUCAAGUUUUAUAAAAAUUAGUGUGAAUUAUAAAUAAUAUUUAUAGUUUCUACUUAAUUAUAAAUUGCAAAUGACAAUUUACGCUUACGCUUAUAGUUAAUCAUACCAAUGGUCUUAAAUUAAUUUGUUUCUGACUGGCUGCUGACACUGAAACUUUAAGUUCUAAUACAGGUAAUUAUGAAAAAUAUUGAGUGUGAUUCCAGAUGAAACACAAUUUCAGACUGCGGGUGAUAUAUUACAGCUCUCACCGAUGGCUGCCAAUUUACCCUGGUCUGAAAUCGUAUUAUUUCAUCCCUUGUCACACAAUAUAUUAUUACAAAUUAUUCUUCAAAUCAAUAAACUUAUCAUAGUUCAAUUGAUAUUCUCUUCGAGCGAGUAUAGUGACAUGUGCUGAUCGAGUAAUGGUACAUCAUAACUUUAUUUAAAAAAUUCAUGAUAAUUAAUUAUCAAAAUUAUUUUUAAAAUUGAAAUUUUAUUCUAAUAUUUAAAGCCAAAAAAAAAAAUGAUUUUUCAUUCCAUUUACCAAUUUUUAUAUUGAGUGGUUUAAUCGCACUCCAAUUAAAAGCGAGCGGGUAAUGGGUCUUUUACCUUAAUUUAAAAAAAGUUAUAAAAGGAGUCAAAAAUAAAUAUAAAGUCAAGUUGAACUCUGAAUUAUUCUAAAUUUAUUUAUAAUUAUUUUCUCUAUAAAAAAAAAUCACAGAUGAUUUUGGAGUUAAUUACCAGCCUCAUUUCGGAGUUUAUUUUAUUAAUUGAUUUUAAUAUUCAAGUUGAUUUACUUAAGACAAAAUGUUUGUUUUUAUACUAUACGGAGUUUUUUUUUUGUUUAAACUACAAAAUGGAGUUAAUUUAAAAAGAGCUUUAAUGGAGUCAAAAAACACCUUUCAAUAAAAGUAAACUCCUAAUCAAUUGUAGAUUUUUUACAGUAAUUUCAUAAUAAAAUCUUUGAUUACAAAAAUAAAUUCGGUCAACAUGAAAAAUUGGUUAAUUGUCGGAUUUUAUUAUUUUUGGUUACACGAAAUAUUUUAAAAGCUUUUGCAAAUAAUUUUUAUUUAAUUUAAAAAAUUAAUAUUUUACCAUCCAGACAAUGUUCAAUGAAAUUCAAAUUUCGGAAACGUUUUUUAGAUCGCGCGUAUAAAAAAAAUCGCCAAAAAUUAAAAAUAACAUUUUUUAUUACCAAAAAUAGUUAAAGUCUUUCAAAAGAGUACCAAUUUUUAGUAAAAAUAAAGAGAAAAAAUUAAACGAGUAGGUAGUAAAAAAAAAAAAUGAAAAAAAAUAAAAUAAAACCGAUGUGUUCAAAUGAGCAUGUCAGCAAAAAAAAUAUGAUAAAUUAAACUAAUCCUCAAACAUAAUUUCAUAAACGAGGAUAGACCACAGGGUUUUUUUAGUCUAAAUUUUAUUAUUUAUUAGUUUAUUUAAUUAUUAUCAGCUAGCAAUUUAAUAACAAUUAUUGUACUUAAUAAUAAUAAUUCUGUAAAAUGUCAGUCAAUUUAAUCUGAUAUUUAAUCUCCAUAAAAAAUUGUUUACAAAUUUUAAAUCCUUUACGGAAUAAAAAAAAAAUUUAAUUGUAAUCAUUGAUGUGGAGAUUAAAUGUCAUUAUUAGGGCCAGGAUUUUUGCUUUGAUUUAAAAAUAAUAAUCAAUAAUUAAUAGCGUGAAAUUUUUGAUAUUACGACAAAAAUAUUGGUCGUAUAAAAAAAUUUUUUGAACAAAAGUUGUAGGAAAUUUAAUUUUAUAAAAAAAAUUUUUCUUAUAAUUUUUUCUUAGGACUAAAAAAAAGCCGUAAUUUCAAAAUUAAGAUUUUCGUAAUUAUCAAAAAUUUGAAUCACUCAUUAUGAAACUUAAUUUUGGAAUUACGGUGAAAAUAUUGGUCGUAUAAAAAAAUUUUUUGAACAAAAGUUGUAAGAAAUUUAAUUUUAUAAAAAAAAUGUCUCUUAUAAUUUUUUCUUAGGACUAAAAAAAAGUUGUAAUUUCAAAAUCAAGAUUUUCGUAAUUAUCAAAAAUUUGAAUCACUCACUAUGAAACUUAAUUUUGGAAUUACGGUGAAAAUAUUGGUCGUUUAAAAAAAUCAUACGAGAGAUUUAUUUUAGAAAAUUAAAUUUCCUACAUCUUUUGUUUAAUAACUUUUAUGAUAAAACAAAUAUUUUCGCGGCAAUAUCAAACAUUUGAAUAAUUCAUUUAAAAAUUAAUGCAAAAAUCUUGUCCCUAGUCAUUAUCAUAAAAUAUGUAUAAAACAUAUGAUGUAUAUAUAUAUUAUUAUUAUUAUUUAUCUCAUAUAAUAUAUAAUAUAUGAAAACUUUAUCGUCGAAGAUAAUAUAAAGCUGUGAUUAAAUAAUAAA